AUGUACACGUGGGACACAUCUUUUUCUAAACUUGUUAAAGCUGCUAGAGGAUCUGAAAUGAAGGCACUCAUUAAAGCUAAUUUAUUAACAAUUAAUAACGACACUAUCAGGUUGUAUGUUACGAAAAUUGCAAUUUUUUUAUGUGUAAUGAGCGCCAUUUUGACUAAGGUGUCUUUAACGCCUGAAUACAUUUUCCCUCUGAUGAGUAUAUACGAAAACCUAAACCUUAUAGGCGUGCUACGCUUUCAGGUGGCUGUGACUUACUAUACAGAAACUAAAACUUCCGUCGCCCGCAUUCAAGAAUUUCUUCUUUCGGGACAGAAACAAACUCGUUUAAGACAGCUAUCAAAAAGUACUGACACUUGCAAUCCAAAGUCAUACAAAAGUUCUGAACCAAGUGUUAAUGGAAUUCAUCUUAACAACGUCAACGUGACUUUCGAUACCUUCACCGUGUUGGAAAAUGUUACCUUCUCAGCCCUUCCUGGAGAUCUAGUUGGAUUAUCAGGAAAAUCUGGAAGCGGGAAAUCAACACUCCUGCAAGUCAUCCUCCAAGAAAUUAAAGCAAAAGGCUCGAUUGCCGUCGGCGGAAAAAUUUCGUACGCGUCCCAAGAAGCUUGGAUUUUUUCCGCAAGCAUUAAACAAAACAUUCUUUUCGGGGAAGAAGAAGACGAGAAGAAAUAUCUCAGAGUGGUUCGAGCGUGUGCUUUGGAACGCGAUUUUUCUGUUUUCGCUAACGGUGACCAAACUCUCGUCGGUGAACGAGGGGUGAUGUUGAGCGGAGGCCAAAAAUCGAGGAUAAAUUUAGCCAGAGCUGUGUAUCGAGAUGCUGAUAUUUAUUUAUUAGACGAUCCUCUAGCUGCUGUUGAUGCUAGUGUGGCGCAACACAUCUUCAAUGAGUGCAUUUUGGGGUACUUGAAAGACAAGUGCGUAGUUCUGGUGACCCAUCACUUGAAGUACUUGACGAACGUUAAAAAACGAUAUAUUAUAGAUAAAGGAAAAGUGAUCCAGGAAGCUUUGAGUGAAAGUGUUUUUAUGGAGCCUGAUGAAGGAGCACUCGAAGAAGACGUUGUCAAAUCUCACAAUUUGCCUCCCGAAAUUCCUGAAAGUGUUACAACCAAAUACAGCACACAACAAAUUUACAGGAAGUAUUGUUUUUCUGGAAACAACUGGAUUCGACCAAGUUUGAUAAUCAUGCUACUUUUAUUAACUCACUCCUUGAACAGCUUCAUUUCUGUGUUUGUUGUUUUUCCCGCAAAUUCAAACAAAACAGAGACGCUCUAUUUUUUCAACUUGACAUUAGAAAGUUUCUUAUAUGUUUAUGCGUCUCUGAUUGUUCUUCUCUUCUUGCUUAAUCACACCUUAUCUGUGAUAUUUAUGACACAUUUCAUGUCUGUAUCAAAAAAUUUACACAAUUCCUUGUUGGACAAAAUUUUGGCCGUUCCGAUGAAAUUCUUCAACGAGCAUCCUUCUGGUAGGAUUCUUAACCGGUUCUCGCAAGAUGUGGGUUGCGUUGAUGUAAUUGUACCGAUCUGUUUACACGAAAUGGUGAGAACAGCCUUGGAUGGACUUGGAACAGUGAUAAUUAUAAUAAUUGUAAAUUAUUGGUUAAUAUUACCAACGUUAGCAGCCAUUCCUUUGAUUUAUUUCUCCACUUGGCUCUUUCAACCACUCAACAGAAAUCUAAGAAAGCUGGAAGGAAUCUCCAAAAGUCCUAUUCUGACUUACGUCGUUACUUCGCUGCGCGGACUUCCAACAAUACGGGCACUUAACAAACAAAAAGUUUUAAUUGAAGAAUUCGAUUACCACCAAGACACUCAUUCCUCUGUUUUCUACUUAUUUAAGUCUUUAUUUUUUACUUACACGUUUUGGAUCGAUUUAAUAUGCUGCAUAUAUUCCACAAUUGUCACUUUCAGUUUUUUAGCUUUCAACACAGAGACAUCGGUAGCAAAUAUAGGUUUAGCAGUCAGUCAAGCAAAUUCCUUGGUAGGUUUAAUCCAGUACGUUAUGAAAACGUGGAGCGAAUUGAGUGCCAACAUGACUUCUGUAGAACGAAUACUAGAAUACACAGAAUUACCGCAAGAACCAAACGAUGGUACUUUCGUGCCACCACCAUCGUGGCCCCAACUCGGACAAAUCGAGUUUAAAUCAGUAUCGAUGCGGUACGCUCCACACAAACCUUUAGUACUAAAAAAUAUUGAGAUUAAAAUUCAGCCAAGGGAAAAAGUGGGAAUCGUUGGCAGAACUGGAGCCGGAAAAAGCUCUCUGGUGUCCACUCUGUUUCGUCUAACGCAUUUCGAAGGUCAGAUUCUCAUAGACAACGUAGACACCAAAAUCGUACCGCUGAAUGUUUUGCGAUCAAAAAUCACCAUCAUUCCACAAGAUCCGAUACUAUUCGUAGGUCCUUUAAGAAAAAAUUUAGAUCCGUUUGAUGAAUUCAGUGAUUCUCAAGUUUGGAGUGCCUUGGAGGCUUUCAACUUGAAAGCGUUUGUAUCAAACUUGCCACUGGGUCUUGAGACUCUGGUGGACGAAGGUGGUACCAAUUUUAGCGUAGGACAGAAACAGUUGUUGUGUUUGUCGCGAGCGAUGUUGAAGAAGACUAAGAUUUUUGUCUUGGAUGAAGCCACAGCUAACGUUGAUUUGCAAACGGAUGAAGCAAUUCAGGCCACCAUUCGAGAAAAAUUUAAGGAUUGCACAAUUUUGGUGAUAGCACAUCGACUAGAUACUGUUAUGGAUUUUGAUAAAGUUUUAGUUAUGGAUGAUGGGAGGGUUGUGGAAUUUGGGAGACCUGAGGAAUUAUUGAUAUACCAAUGUGGAAGUUUUUCUCAGGCUUUACAGCGAAAUAUAGAAAAUUGA